AUGUAACAGGAAAGCAUAUACAAUUUAAUACCCAAAGAGUAUGUUCCUCCACCCAAAGAGCCCAUGUAUAGAUCUGCCUAUCCUUCAAAUCUUGUUCCCACUGCUAGCACUUUCAAUAAUCACACCACAAGCAGACCAAAAGUACUUCCCUACGUUAUCUUUUAAGAUUAACAAUAUCAAUGGAGAUUAUGAAUUGGUCAAGGGUCCUCAUUCUCACAAAGGACAAUCCAACUCUUUAGGUAGGCCCAGAGGUAAAAUCAAAUAAAUGAUGAGAUAGGUUCAUAUAAACCUGAUACAACUAUGUUCAGAUUAAAGAACACUGGAACCAUGGGAUCAAAUUAAUUACCUGAAAGUAUCGAGCAUCAAUUAAAUUUAGUUCAAUCACACAAAUAUCCGCCAUCAAUUAAACCAUAAGUCCCAAAAAAGGAUGAGAAACCAAUACAUGGUCUGAAAUCUAAUAAAAACUUUAUAAUAACGAAUGCUGUCGAAAACAUCUUGUCAGCACCCAAAUAAAUUGUUGAGGAUGUUGCCUGGACAUCGAAAAAAGAUUAUGGAAAAGUUCCAGAUUAUUUAACAAAAAUUAAAUAGAGCAUAGCAAGCGAAUACGAAAUCAUUAGAAACAUGCACAUAAGCGAAGCAGAAGAAAUGGACAAACAAAAAUAUCUUUUAUCUUAGGAAGAAGUAUAAUAAUUAAAGGAAGGACUCAAAAAGAAAUGGGAGUCAGUCAAUAAAGAAUAUUAAUCAAUUACUCAUAUUAGAAUGAUUGAUACUGUUGGUUUGAAAAGAAAGUAAAUCUAAUUAUGACUAUUACAAGGAAAGAGUAAUGUGAAAAAGAAUUAGCUUAAUUAGAAAAAGAUAUUGAAAAACUAAAUAAGAACUAUGUAUUUGUUGAUACAUAAAAAUGA